AUGGCCUCACAAUGGCUGAGGCAGGUCGGAGGGCCGCGGACCGGCCCUUACAACACACAGCAUCUCCUCACCUUCUUAGAGACCCUCUAUAGGGCUCUCAUCCCUGAUGAUGAGGGGGGUCCAUUUCCAGAUGAUUUACCAAAUGCAGAGGGGGACAUCAAUGAUUUGCUGAUCGGUGGCAACGUGUCCGCAGAGGUCCAGGAUGAUGGCUGUGAUUUGAUGACAGUCAGCGGCAUCGACAUCGUCCUCAACCACAAGCUCCAGGAAACCAGUUACGACAAGAAGUUUUACAUGGUCUACAUCAAGGACUACAUGAAGGCGGUGAAGGCCAAACUGCAGGAAACGUGUCCUGAACGAGUAGAGCCCUUCGUGUCUAUUGCUCCAGCUGAGGUCAAGAAAACCAUUGGCAACAUCAAGAAUUUCCAGUAUUUCACAGGUGACUCAAUGAACCUGGAUGGCUCCAUCGGUCUGCUCGACUUCUGUGAGGAUGGACUGACACCGUACAUGCUUUUCUUCAAAGACAGUCUUGAGUUGGGGAAAUGCUAAACUACCCCGUUCGUGUCCCUGGCUGCUUCUCAUCAGUGGCUGGCCGUGAAAGCUUUUGGAUCAGAUCACUCAUUCCACAUGACUCCAUCAGUAUUAGGACCAAUGGCCACUG